AUGUCGAACGCAGAAACACCGUCGCCAGUGCACAAACUUAUUGACCUUGUUGCUCGUCUUCAUUAUCGUUUGCAGCACCUCAAAGUGCAGCUUCAGAUACUCGAACAGAAACAAAACAUCAUUGCUGACGAAAUACGAGGCAUCAAACGCAAGUGGGACACCCUAGCAGCCGAUUCAGAUGAACUUGCCCGGAACCAGCUGUCGAAUGAGACUCGAAACCCAGAGGAUGGAACGGUUGAGACUCGAAACCCAGAGGGUUCUGUGGAUUUGUCACCGACUGCUGAGCUAGGCGACACAUGGGCAAAUGAUGCCGAUGGAUAA